GCAGCUCCAUAAGUAAACCAUAGAAGAAAAUAACCAGGAAAUGUUGCACUUCAACAUGAGUUGUUUUCCAGAAAGAAAUUGAUGGAGCUGCCAGCAACAAACAGAUUGCAGCAGGUGUGACUCAGUACUGGAUCUUCACUCUUGUGUUGAAUUAAUAUGGAAAAGGUGAUCAGCUGCUUUAAGAAGAGUCCGGAUGCUGUGGCCAGGCUCGUCUGCUUCCCCUGGGCAGGUGGAGGCUCCAUGCACUAUGCACGCUGGGGAAACGUCCUCAGCAGCUCCAUAGAAGUGUUUGCUGUCAAGCUUCCAGGCAGAGAGAGUCGAGCAAAAGAGCCGUUCUUUCAGAGCAUGCAGCAGAUCGUGGACGAGGUGAUCGGUGUGUUGUUACCGGCGCUGAAAGAGAAGCCGUUUGCUCUGUUUGGACACAGUUUCGGUGCAUUCACCAGUUUCGCCGUGGCCGAUGCUCUGAAGAGACAGCACAACCUGGAACCGGUUCACAUCUUCCUCUCUGGUGCCUCUGCACCUUAUUCAGAGACGCGUAUCAAAGCCCCAAAGAGAAGCGAGUUAUCUGACGACGAUUUUCUCAAGUGGAUGAUUUCGAUCGGAGGAACUCCUCCAGAGCUGCUGGCGAACCCUGAGGUCCUGAAGCUCUUCCUUCCUGCGCUGAAGGCCGACCUGCACGUUGUGGAGAACUACAGGUGCAACCAGCCAGACAGUCCGCUCCUCUCCUGCCCCGUCACGUGUUUUGAUGGAAAGGAGGACAUUCCUCACGACUUACAAGCUUGGAAAAGCAUCACGUCAGGUGAUUUCACUGUCAGGAUGUUCGAUGGAUCUCAUUUCUACCUGAAGGAUUCUGGAAAUGAAAGGAUUAUAUUGGACUACAUCACAAAGCAGGUGGAAACAUCAGAAAUGGACUAUUUAUAAUGAAAUCACUGUUUAUAUUGUAUCUAAUGACUUAAAUGUUGUUUUUUUACUAAUUCAUUGUGAUGGAAAUAAAUUCUCAAUAUAUUUCAUGCAUUAAAAA